AUGGAGGAAGGCAUGGUCCAACCCCUCCACAAGCCGAAGCUGGUUGAUCUCAGUCGCGAGCUCUACCAUCGAAGUCCAGCGCAUCCAUUUCACCCGCCCGUAGUCAUCACACCAUGGGUCACCCAUCAGCCGAAGCAGGCAGGCAAUACCAUUCUACGCUCCUCAUCUUAUGCUCUAGCCAUGUCCGACCACGCCGGCACACACGUCGAUGCCCCUAAACUCUUCAACCCUACUCCAGGUGCAUUAUCCAUCGAUCAAAUGCCAUUGCAAAAUUUCUAUACCGAAGCAAUAUGCUUAGACCUGUCGCAUGUGGAAUUGAAGGCCAGCAUCAGUGUUCAGGAGAUGGAAGACGCGCUGGCAAAGUCAGGCUAG